AACGAGCGUCGGUUUUAUUUUUAGUUUUAUUUCUUGUGAUAUCAUUUACACGUUCAUUAAGCCUAUUUGAGAAAAUAUUUAAUAUUAGUGUAUCCCCGUGUAACAUUUUCGUAUAUCCGAAAAUCUGUUAAAGUUUUUUUUGGUAUUGCUGUUGGUUAUGUGCGUGUUGAGCGCGUGUUUUCUCGUGUUCGUGUGUUUGUGAUCGUCACCGGGAUGCCUGUUCGCCGAGGUCAUGUCGCCCCUAGGACCACCAUCAUCGAGACCAUCAUCCGCAAGUUUGACACACACAAUCGAAGUUUCCUGGUGGCCAAUGCUCAGGGCAACUCCUGUCACAUCAUCUACUGCUCGGACGGGUUCUGUCGCCUCUCAGGGUUCUCCAGGGCUGAGGUGAUGCAGCGACCGGCCUCCUGCGACUUCCUCCAUGGCCCUCUCACAAGCCAACACGCCGUCACCGUCGUCAAGGAGGCCCUCGCCGCCGGACAGGAGAAACACUUCGAAAUCCUUUACUACCGCAAAGAUGGUACCAAGUUCCUAUGUAGCGAGGUGAUAGCUCCUGUCAAGAGCGAAGUGGAUGAUAUUUGUCUUUACAUCAUCAACUUCGAGGACCUGACCAAUCCACAACCAUUCGUGGAGGAACCUGCUUCCAACCACCGCCUUAGUAAAUUUGACAGAGCACGUCAGUCGUUCCGGCAAUCCCUCAGGAUGCCUCGUAUCCCGGGGAGAGGUCCUAGGGGACUCAGGUUCUCCCAGUCCCACACCCUGACGUCCCCGACAGCCGAGGAAGGGGAUGAAGAGGACCCACUCAGGGUCCGCGCGUCCGAGCAACGAAGACUAAGUGCCGAACCAACCACAACCACGGUGAUAGAGAACGAGAGACUGAGAGCCACUUCAGAAUCUGUCGGGGGCGCCACCUCGCCGCGGGGCAACCAUGUGGGGCUCCCCGCGGCGCCCCCGCCUGCACCCAUCGCCUCCCCAGAACAGGUUUCGCAAAAGAGCGGCCACCUUCCGUGGGAUGACGAUGGAGGAAAGUCGUCAGUGCCUCAUGCCAGCUCGCUGGACGCGUUAUCUCGAAAACAACGAACACCUGAGACCGCCCCUACGCCCAAGGCACCCAAUAGAAGCGCAACGUGUAGUGUUCUGUCUUCUAAAGCUGCCGAAGAUAUUCCUCCACGACUGCGGCCUCAUACCCUAGAUAGCUUUUGCGAAGCGACCAGAAACCACGUAGCCAAACGUUUCCCCAACACUUCGUCGGAGUCGGACCUUCAACAUUACCGGGCCUUAACAUUGUGGGACCACGCCCCUUCAUUGUCCAAUGUCGCUGCCGAGACACUUCGGCACAAGUAUUCCAUUCAAGACAACGGUUCUGCCAAAUAUUUCCAAGGAGCCAUGCACACGCCGAAUAUGGGGGAAAAAGUAGCCCAGCUAACUUGUAGAAGGACGAUUGAGUGGCGGGCCCAGCAAGUAUUAUCGCUGGGUGCCGACGUACUGCCAGAGUACAAGCUGCAGUCCCCCAGGAUACACAAGUGGACAGUUCUUCACUACAGCCCCUUCAAGGCAGUGUGGGACUGGAUCAUCCUCUUGUUGGUCAUGUACACAGCCAUCUUCACACCUUACGUGGCCGCCUUCUUGCUCAACGAGCCUGACUUCAGCACUAGAAAGAACAAGAAAUACGGAGAUGAUCCUAUUGUCAUUAUAGACCUAAUAGUCGAUGUGACAUUCAUCGUGGACAUUCUCAUCAACUUCAGAACCACGUAUGUAAACAACAAUGACGAGGUUGUGUCACAUCCUGGGAAGAUUGCAGUCCACUACUUGAGAGGCUGGUUCCUCAUAGAUCUCGUGGCAGCCAUUCCCUUCGACCUGCUGCUCUUCGGCUCUGACACUGACGAGCAGUUGGGCUUGGAUGCAGACGAGACAACAACGUUGAUCGGUCUGCUGAAAACUGCUCGCCUGCUAAGGCUUGUGAGAGUUGCUCGCAAGAUUGAUCGCUACUCUGAGUAUGGUGCCGCAGUGCUGCUACUACUCAUGGCUACAUUCGCUCUCAUUGCUCAUUGGCUAGCUUGUAUAUGGUAUGCUAUAGGCAAUGCAGAGAGGCCUCAUCUACAGAGCAAGGUCGGCUGGCUCGACAUUCUUGCUAAUGACACUCACCAGUUCUACUUACAUAAUAACACUGGCGGACCAUCAAUAAAGUCAAGAUACAUCACAGCCCUCUACUUCACGUUCUCAUCGCUGACUUCAGUAGGUUUUGGGAAUGUUGCACCAAACACAGAUGCAGAGAAAGUUUUUACAAUUUGCGUCAUGUUGGUAGGAUCACUGAUGUAUGCUAGCAUAUUUGGAAAUGUUUCGGCUAUCAUUCAGAGGCUAUAUUCUGGAACUGCGAGGUAUCACACUCAAAUGCUGAGAGUCAGAGAGUUCAUCAGGUUCCAUCAGAUUCCAAAUCCUCUGCGACAAAGGCUGGAAGAAUACUUUCAGCAUGCCUGGACGUACACAAAUGGAAUUGACAUGAACAGUGUACUGAAAGGAUUUCCGGAGUGCCUUCAGGCUGAUAUUUGCCUCCAUCUCAAUCGUAAUUUGCUCACCAAUUGUUCUGCUUUUGACGGUGCUUCUCCUGGGUGCCUGAGAGCGUUAUCUCUAAAGUUUAAGACAACUCACGCCCCUCCUGGCGAUACUUUGGUCCACAAAGGGGAUGUCCUUACUUGUCUCUACUUCAUCUCCAGAGGCUCCAUUGAGAUCCUUAAGGAUGACGUGGUUAUGGCAAUACUAAGUAAGGACGACAUCUUUGGUGAGAACCCUUGUGCCCACCCCACUAUAGGCAAGUCCAGCUGUAAUGUCCGAGCCCUGACCUACUGCGACCUCCACAAGAUACACAGAGAUGACCUCCUGGAUGUCCUAGAUCUCUAUCCGGAGUUCUAUCAAAGCUUCUCAAACAAUCUAGAGAUAACGUUCUACAUGAGAGAUGAGGAGCAGGCAGGUGUUGACCCAAGGGCCGGACGUAUUAGCAGACGACAUGUUCAUUCCCGCUCCAACUCGCAGGAUCCUGGGGGAGGGGGUGGGGAGACAGCAGUGUUAGGGGGACUGGAUAUAGACGUGCGAAGGUUCACAUUCCGGCCACCAGGGGCAUCCAAACUGAACCAGUCCAGCUUUGAAAGCACUCACUCAUUCCGAGCAGGUUCCAGUGAUGAGGGCUCUGAACACCAUGAAAAAUGCAGUGGUCAUGGAAUUUUGGAAUUUUCUACUGACAAAGCGGGCCAAGAUGUUACCCCCAUGAACCUCCAGUUUGGUGAAAAUAACCAAAGAUCUACGACUUUAAACUCCAUCACUGGCAUGUUGGAUCAUCUGAAGCGUAGUCUGACCGAUCUACGUUUGCAUGGGUUCGGCAAUAAGCAGGGUUCCAAGGAGGAAUCACUUAACCAAGGACGGUCCGAGAGCCGGAUAAAACGGUCCUCAAGUUCCAGCAACAUGAAAACCUCUAGACUGGACUUGCGGACCAUUCCUACCCCCACCACUAGAGAAACCCAGCCCCUGUUGGAGCAUCAAGACCCAAUGUCAGAGUCUGGGCUGCCGAGUCCGUUGCAUCAGGCAAUAACGGCUCCGGACUCGUCUACUGCAGGUGAGACAAACUUUAUCCCUACCAGAGUUACUGACCACUUCACCUCUCACCGCUUCAAACACCCCCCAAAACCCCCUAGGUUCUGGCCCCUUGCCACUUCGUCUGUGGUACCGUCGUUACCCGUGGAGGAGAGAGAGGCAGGACCUCAUUGUUGCACUAACUGUGGGAGGAGCUACGAUAGUGAUAUCAACUCUAGGAUAGAUCGCCUUUCCAGACAUUUAACAUCAUUGGAGCAAUCGGUGGCAACAGAUGUAAGACUGAUUUUGGCGUUGUUACGGCAGCAAGGAAUGAAGACUUCUGGUUCCUUACCAGAAAACCGAGAGGCAUUGUGGUCGGAAUCAAGUUCCAGACCAAGGCCAACCACAGUCCAAAGAAGCUCAAGCGUUCCACAAAAUGGCCGUAGUAUACAUUCCUCAACCCCUCUGUGCAGGGGUUCCACUCAAGAAGAACCGCAGCCGGAGGGGGCAGUGGGGGACACAAGAUGGCCACCUUGUUCCUCCCCCCACCAACAGGCUAGUGUCAUUCCACGAAGAAGUCAGUCUCAACCUGUAGACGUCUCACAGGCAUUCCCACAACAACAGCAAGAUGAGGCUGUAUGGGCUAGUUCACAGCUGAUUACGUCCAAUGUUCCUGAAAGAAGCUCAGAGUCAGAUCCGUGGAGGUCUGACAUCAGUAGUCGCAGACGACAGUUCCUCUCCAGCAGGAGCUCCGCCAGUGACGAGGCCGUCAUGUUAGAGUUCCCCUCGGCAGUGACGGCCCCCUUGGCGAGGCUAGACUCCCUCCAGGAGCUGGAUGGCCGUAGCACAAGAGUGAGUUCUUCAUCUUCUGGCAACCUACAGGAUUCAAAAUCAUCUCAAGUUUAGUGCGAGGAGUAGACCAGCUUGAUUAGUACAGGACAUUUUCACAUAUGCUCGGUUCAUGGGAAAUAUGAGAACCAAACAGGAAUAUGUGCUUAUUCUUGUCUCAGUUGGCUUUGUUAGUCAUUAUUUACUUCCUUUUUCUGUUCAGUUUCUUCUUUUUCACUAGUCAUGAUCCUAAUGGUUUGAAAAUAUUUUAUACCGGUUUUUUUUUUACUUAUGACCAACGAUUGUGCCUUCACAUGGGUUGCUACCAUGCUAAAAGUUCUAUAUUGUAUAAGCUGGCGCUAUUAUCCGUUUGGUGGCAAUUGGCAAUGUUCAACACUUAUGCUAGAGUUACACGUGAAAAUGGUGAUGUGUAAUAUUUUGCAGUUUUAGUCCAUAUGUUUACUUUUGUUACUGUAGGUACGGGAAGUUAUAGUCAAGUUGUAAAGUAAAAGUUUAGAAAAGCACACUGUUUUGUGUUGUUUAGUUGGAAUACUGGAGUAUGACAAAAAAUUAGUGCUGCAAAAAAGAAAUUAGUGCGGCAAAAGUAAGUAAAUGCAGCAAUUAGCUACUUUGCGUGCUUUAAUCACUUAUCAGUCCAAGGAAGCCCCACUGUAGAAAAACGUUUAAUUUAAUUGCUCAAUAGCAAUAAUUGUAUAUUUUUUAGCUAUACAAAAGCAGAGUAUUGUUAUAAAAUUAUAAUUAUUUAGCCUAUUUGUUAAAAAAAAAACUAAAUGAAAUCUUAUGCUUUUAAACUUUGUAUUAUAUUCUCCCUAAUAAUCAACUUAAUCAUACAUUGAAACCAAAAAGAUUUAAUCAAUUUUAAAACAACUACCUAUUCAAAAAAUAUAAAAUUAUAAAAAUAUUUCACAUCACUAUUUUACUUUGCAGGCAUAUAUUUCUCAUGAACAGUUGUAUAUUUUUUGUACAAUCCACAAUACCUAACGAUAAUAAAGUAUAUAAAAAUACUUUUAGACAGCUUUUCAUAAACUUGUAUAUAAGAAAAAUAUUGUGACCCUUGCUACAACGAUAUGAGAACGCUUUCAUUUUCACUAUUGCAUCAACGUGACUGUUCUUUUGCUAUCCUAUAACUGCAUUUCCAGGAAAGGUGAGCUGACUGUAGCAGUCAGAUGUAUCUGAAAGGGUGUUUUAGCCAACCUCACUCGUUUAUAGUUUAUGAAACUUAGUAUGGAUUUUAUCACAAACUCAUCACUUCAUGAUUGGUUGUCUUAUUGCAUCACUCUAUUCACUUGGACCAUGUAUCUUCUGUACUAAAAAAAGGAUCUUAUCCAAAAGUGUCAAGGAAAUGUUUGUUUUGUCCCUACCACGACAAUGCUUCACAAUCCAUUGAAUUUACUGAAGUUGACAUUUGACUGAUUGAAUUUUAUUCCACAAGCUCAGUUUUGUUACUACUAUGGUCAAUCCAACAAUGUGAAUGGUUUAUUUAUACCAAAGACAUAAAAGAGGAGUUUGGGCUCAUAUCUCUUGCAUUUACGCCAGCUAACCAUAUUCAAAAGAUCUAGUUUCUUCUCGUGUUUAUCUUUAAGGAGUCUACUGGGAAGUAAAAUCUCCAAAACAUUGAAUACUCCGGUAUUAUUCUAAAACAGUAUUUUAAGUUUAUUAUCAUAGAUCAAAUGUGUCUCACAGUCUAUUUGGAUCAGUCGCCACUGUUUGUAUUGUAAACCAAAUUAUUGAUCGCAAUUUUUAACAUUUAUUUAACUUUAACCUGUGCUAGUCAAAUCAUUUAAGAGAACACAUUCAAUUGUGUAUACUACACACCAAAUUGUUAAGCAUUGGAAGCAAUUUAUAGAUAGUAGGGAUAGUCAAGUCUCGAAAUUUCGGGAAAUUUUCGGGAAAUUUUAAAUCUCGUUACACGAGACGAGAUUUCUUUUUGGCCGAGAUUUUUACCGAGACGGGAAUAAAAAAAAAAAAUUAAAAACGCCUGCAGAAAGUCAAUGCAAUACCCGCAAUACAGGAGCGUGUUGUAGUUGCGUUUCCUUUGUGAAGGCGUUCUUAUUUAAUUAAUUCUUUAAAUGUAAAUAUUACUUUAAUUAUUUUAAUAAU